CUCUUUUUUUUGUGUGUGUGGCUGUCUGGAUGAUUAAUGUGAAUAGGAAAAUACUGUUGACCCAUUUAAAUCAUGUUAGACAACUUCCAUUGCUCAUCUACAUAAUGAAAUACACACUGAACAUUACAGCCUAAGUAUAAGAGCCAGCGAACUACAAAAAUUAUAUUUUACUCAUUUAGCUUAUGAAGUAAAAUAUAGGACAUUAGUACUAAUGAUAGUAUUAAAUUUUAAGCCAUGCAAAUUGCAAUUUUCAGUGAAAAAGAGAUAUAAGUUGAAAAGGCUAUUAGCAUUUCAGCUUUAACAGUUAAUUUCAGUGAUUUCUUUUUUCUGCUAGUGUGCAGCUUAAAAAAGUCCAUACGCAAAGCAUUUGAUAGUAAGUGCAGAAGUGUUUGUUUUAUAUUGUUAUUUAAUUUCAGUCAUUAAAGAAAUGUUAGAAAUUAAUUUGCAAUAUUAAAAUAUAUUAACAUUUUAUAUUACUGAGAGCAAGCAAGCAAUUUUUACUUGGGUAAAAUCAAAUAUAAAAGGCAGAUUAUUAGUAGCCAACAGAUGAAAUAAUUUUAAGCAUUUAUUUAAGUACCAAGUCAAAAACUGAGGGCUUUAAAAAUACGAAUUUUGUCAAAUAGAAACAGAAUUGUCAGCAUUUUAAACUAAAUACAAAUUUUGAAGUGCUGAAUUUAGGCUGACAGGUUUCUAUGGUUACCUACCUUUCCAAUAGUUUGGUGAGAUGUGUAAAUAGGCCUGUGAGUCACUAGUAAUUAUUUGGGUUUUGUUUGUUAUAGUUGUAAUUCUGUGUUCAGUUUGAAUCUAAUACAGUUCAUACCACAUGCUUUGGUUUAUGUAUAUUUUAGUGUGUAUGAUUGACAGUGAUUGAGCAUUUCUUAUGGAGUGCUUGGUUUUUUUGUCAUAAGUGAUGUAUGUUGGUACUUCUGAAAAUGUAAACAACUUCUUCCUGUAUCACUGUUUGAAAAACAGGGAUUUUUAUGCUAAAAAGAGGUCUUUGUUGUUAUGAUGUUAAGCAAGGAGAUAAGUGAAAGGUGUUUUAAAAACAUUUAAAACAUCUCCCAAACAUUAUACUGUACUCUUCCAAAUUUUAUCCAUAAUUCUAUCAUUAUAAUUCACUCAGUGACCCAAAUGUCACAUAUUUAUGAACAAGCUUCCAAGUUAUGCAUUAAUAGCACAGGGUAAUGACUGACAGGUUUAAAAAUAAAUGGGUUAAUCAGGAUGCUACAAGUUAUCUGCAGCAAGCUCUUGAUUAGAACAUCUUAUUGUGCAAAGCAUUUUCUUGAAAUAAAAAUAAGAGCUUAUUUCUACCACUGCCACAGCAGUUUAGCAGAAAAAGCUGUGAACUCUGAGACCUCUCUGCUCAUAUAUUUUGAAAUCUGGAUCAUAGGAUGUAAUUCCCCAGCCUUAGGCUCAUCACUAUAGCAAAGGAUGCAUAUGUGUUUUCUCAGUAAAGACUUACUGCCCUAACAUAACUUGUGUUUUCAUGUGAAAAGAGGACAAUAAAAGUAAUUAACAACUUUUAACAAAAGGCAAGACAUACUACUAGCUGUCAAUUUUACCAAAUGAGUAUUAUGUAAUCUUAUUUUAUGAAGGUAUUCAUCCCAAAGUUGUUGGCCAUGUGCACUUUUUUCCUUAAUUUUGAGAUAAGACUGAUUCAGAAAUCAUCUUGUGUCCUUAGAGAUUUGGCUGUAGGUGUAUGAAAAAUACUUACUGCAGGAAGAAGACUGACUGCCUGUUCUCUUCCCAUGUGUCAAGCUGCACAGAACAUCCUGAUACAAUGUUCAGGAGCAUUCCUAAAUUUCCUACGCAAAGAUUGCUCCUAUUUCAGCAAUGUUGCUUCCUACUGAAAGGGUAGGAAAUGGAUUUUGUGGCGAUCCAGACAUACUUUUUCCAUUUCAGGUGGAAAUUUUAAAGGUUAAAGUAGGAUUUCUUUCUAACACUUAAUAUUGUGUCAGGCAUGUAUAUAGGACAUAAACAUACCAGUUGAAAAACAGUUGUUUCACAGAGCAUCUGAAAAGAUUUUAACCCGGUAGGAUUCAGUGAAUGUUAGAGCUGUGGGUGGGUGCAUACAAACAACAAAAUUUGGUAUUCUGCUGCAUAUAAGGACUAUUUGAAUGGCUUUUUUUUUUUUUAAUCUGAAACAAGUGCUAUUUUUUAAACUAACUUGUUCCAAUAGUUGUUUCUUCCCUACAAAAUCAAAAUUAUGAAUACAAUAACCCGUCUUUCAAGCAAAGUAGUUUCUCUGAUCUUUUAAAAAUCUAAAGAUAAAUAGGAAGUGCUUGGAAAAUGUAUUUAAAUAUGGAAGCCUGAACAGAUAUGUUUCUCAUUCUAAUUUAUUCAUUUUAUGAUAAAUUAAUUUACUCAAUAAAGGAAUGCAGUAACAUAAGAGGAAUGUUUCUCCUGCUAGUCAGAGAAGUUGAAACUUGCCAGAUGCUGUUAUCUGGAGCCUAAAUUCCCUUGACAGUAACUGUGAUUGAAACCCUUAAUAUUGCUUUGUGCAGCUUUUGUACUGGACUUAUCUCAUUUUGCAGUGAUAUUGCUUUAGACAACACUGUCUUUUUAUUUUCUUCUUGCGUUUUUCUGUCAGAUAGAGAAAAUGUAGUAGAAAUGACAGUGGGAUGGAAGGCUGUGUUGGAGGACUGCGAUGCUCUGUUCCCAGUGUCUGUACAGUUUGAUCCCAUGUUCUGUAACAGACAAUUCAUUUCCUUUGAUAUAGUAAUGAAUAUCACUCAGCUGUAGUUAGAUUGUACGCUGUAUUUUUUAAGUCUUAUAAUAAAAGGGGGAAGUACUGUUUAAUGAUACCAGAAUUUUACUCAGUUAAUUUAUUUCUUAUACUGCCUUGUUGUGACUCCAUGUGUGUAUAUAUUCUGUAACUGCUCAACUGGUCAAAGGAGAUUUUAAGGAUACAAUACUAAUUUUUUCUUCUUGUUUGUUAAAGUUGCACUGUCAGUUGCUGCUGAUAAAAGGUGGCAUCAAGCCAGCUUCCUGAAGGAGCUAUUGGGAGGGUCAUGGCUUGUCGUGACCUGGGCACCGGUGCUUGAAUGUUGUUAUUAUUGGGACGAAGUACCCUUAGGCUGUCAUCCUUCCUGUAAAUAGAAGGGGUUCUGAUUUUCUGUGGUUUCCCAGUUUACCAACUUGUAGAACAGCUAUAUUGUUGGCCCUGAGUUUGACUGAAUAAUGAAUUAGAAGCACAGCACUAUUCCAGAAGGCACUGAUUCAUCAUUUUAGUCUGUUAGUCUAGAAUAAAUCAUAGUAAGUAAAGCAAAACAAGAAUCUGUUUCCAUGUAGUUUAUAAAUUUACAAACUCAUUUAUAUUGUCAUAUAGGCAACAGAUUGCCCAAUUCCACUCUGCAUGAAGAAAGGGCAGAAUUGUAGUUAGCAAGGAGCAUAACUGAGGGCUGAAACAGACUUUUUUUCAGUGACAUGGGGGAGUCACGGUGAUGCUGGCAGAGGGGCUGACUCUUCUCCCUUGGAGUCAGUCUCUGUUCGACCAUUGCUAAGCUUCAUUGCCUCUUAGGAGAGUAACAAGAAGAGUUCUGUUAAUGCCUCUAUUAACUAAACAAAUUCUGGUGUUAAUUUCCAGAAAAAUUCAAUAAAACAAUUCCAAUUAGAAUAUAAUGUUUACAAGCUACUGGCCUGUGUUUCGGUUUAUCAGGGUAGGGUCAUAAGCAUGCUGUUGUUGAAGUUUUCACCAAUGUGUUGCUGCUGUAACUGAAGUCACAUCUAUCCUGAUGAAUAUUUCAUUUCCCCAAUCAUGCUAUUAAAAACAGAGUGUUUUUACCCUUUCAUUUCUGCUUUUUCUUUUCCAGUACCAUCGUGACAGAUGUGGCUGCGUCCUGUUUACAAAUUGCUGCUAGUCACAUUUUCAGUAGUCCUUACGGGUUUUGUUUUCCCUUAAUACAUCCAAUUAGGAGGAAAUAUUUCUCACAAGCACGGACUUGCUCUUCUCCUUGUAAUGACAUAGUUCUGCAAUCCAGGAAACAGUCCUGCAUGGUGUCCAUGUCCACGAUUUCCUGAUGUGGGAAAAACGUGUGGAAAGCAUCUGGAGAGGAGGAGACCCCCUUUACCAGCUUGUUUCCUGUUCUGUGACUGGCUGCCACAUAAUCUUUUCUUUGUGUAAUCAUAACUACCUGCAAAGGCACUUAAGCAAUCAUCAGCAAAGAUGCUUCUUCUUUCAAGGACAAAGGAAUGCUGCUUAUAGUAUAGUUUGGCCAGCCAUGGUUUCUCCAGCUCACCAAGUUCCUAAGCACAUAAAGAAACCAGACUAUGUGACGACAGGCAUUGUACCAGACUGGGGAGACGACAUAGAAAUUAAGAAUGAAGAUCAGAUUCAAGGGCUUCGUCAAGCUUGUCAGUUGGCCCGUCAUGUCCUGCUUCUGGCUGGAAAGGGCUUAAAGGUUGGCAUGACAACUGAAGAAAUAGAUUCCAUUGUUCAUCAUGAAAUAAUCAGACAGAAUGCCUAUCCAUCACCUCUGGGCUAUGGAGGUUUUCCAAAAUCUGUUUGUACUUCUGUAAACAACGUGGUAUGUCAUGGUAUUCCUGACAGUCGACCUCUUCAGGAUGGAGAUAUUAUCAACAUUGAUGUCACGGUGUAUUACAAUGGCUACCAUGGUGACACUUCUGAAACCUUUUUGGUGGGCAAUGUGGAUAAAUCUGGUGAAAAGUUAGUGGAGGUUGCCAGGAAAUGUAGAGAUGAAGCAAUUGCAGCUUGCAGACCAGGGGCUCCCUUCUCUGUAAUUGGAAACACGAUCAGCUCCUUGGCACGGCAAGGUGGCUUCCAGGUCUGCCCCUUCUUCGUCGGCCACGGCAUCGGGUCGUACUUUCACGGGCACCCCGAGGUGUGGCACCAUGCCAAUGACAGUGAUUUGUUAAUGGAAGAGGGAAUGGCGUUCACAAUAGAGCCAAUAAUAAUGGAAGGAUCCCCUGAAUUUAAGAUUCUGGAGGACAAAUGGACUGCAAUUUCUGUAGACAAUAAAAGGUGCCUGAUUUUAUUUUUUGGAUUUCCUAAGACAUGGAACUCAUCACUGACAGCCCAAAAAACCCAAACAGAUGAGUUUCCAGGCAUGGUGAAUGUGUUUUCCCCCUCAAACUGCUAAAUGUGAAUUUCAGAUCGGCACAAUUUGAGCAUACCCUGGUGAUUACCUCAGAGGGAGCAGAAAUCCUCACUAAACUGGUGGAAGAAACCUAAAGAUGGAGCAAGGAGUGGAGAGACUUGCUGUACUUCUGGGAUUUCAAGUUUCACUCGGGACAGAGAAGAGGUUUCUGUAAUUUCUGAGGGGAAUGGCUGUUGCAUAAGUCACUCCAGGGGACAGAAAAAGCAAUUUGAGGGGUUGGCUCUGGACAUAGUCCUUUCUGUGUAUUACCUGGUGAGUAUUUAAUAAAAGUCUAGCUUUUUUGUGA